CUCAGUCCUAUUUUCUCACCAUUUCCACUUCCAUUCGAAUUACAAUUCAAUUUCGAUUGCAGCUUUGAUUUUGGUUCACAUGAUUUUUCCACAAUGUUACUUGCGGAUGCAUGGCUUGUUGAGCCUUGCACGCAGUCAUGGCCAGCUCGCCAAAACGGAGAGGUUUUCUUCCAACAUUGCGACCGUCAGCAUCUGCCUGGUCCCUUUAUAUCAGCAUUUCAGGUCAGAAAGUUGAACCGCUUGUGUUUAUGAGUAUGGAAUACUCGAAUCCCAUUGCGUUAAAUUUCACGGAUCUUCGGUGAGAUCAUGAAACAAGGGCGAGUUAAGGGUCAAUACUUUUCAACUCCGGUGAGAUGAAUGACUGUGUCAGAAGCGCCUGGCUGUAGAAGGCCCAAAGAACUGGCGAAAUUGAGUUCUGCUUGAGGUGAAACAUAACACUUCCGAUCGCCCGGUAUUUUGCAUAACCACUUCCACCGACACCCCCCCCUAGUUCUACAUUUAGUUACCCUCAACAAUCCCUGACUGCCAUUGAGGACGGUGGCAAUCAUAAGGAGCCAGGACACCACACCCUGGAGAAUAAAAUGCAACUAACGCCUAAGCGAGGCUCUAGUGGGUCUGCCCAAGCGCGAGUGGAAUCUAUCGUACCCGGAACCCGUUCCAGCCGAGCGUCCAAGCUCUACACAGUACUGUACUGUGUACGUUCUUCGGGAGCGAGAGGAUACAGCUUCAAAUGUGCAUCACAGGCUCACUCCUUGUGGUGACCUUGGAAGCCUAGGAUUGAAUAAUUGGGCUAGAAAGAUGUCAUUAUUUAUGCGUACGUUACUGCGAAGAAGGAUCCUCGUGCUUCUCGGCGAGAUUCACCAUCAAGUAGUAUCUCGCUUCUUAGCCCACCUCCAUAUUGCUGUCCCAUUGCUGCCCCAGCCCCACAAGGUCCAGGGUGCUGCUUAAGCGGGGAAUUUUUCGGGCUGGGUUCAGAAUAAAACUUAAUAAGAAGAAACAACAAACCCUCGCCGCCCAUUUCUUUGACAUCAUAUCAAAUGCUAUACCAGGGGAGUGAAACUUCGGGCUUGGGAUAUGCAGUGAACCACAGUCCUCUCGACGAUCGAUUCCCUAAUUCUUGGGCAGGCUCUCGAAGCAGGCAAGACAACAGAUUAGAUUGUCUUAGUGGUCGUUUGAAUAUGGCAGUUGAUCCAGAGAAGUUGGUUGACAGCGUUGGCGGUCAGGAUGGUUCAUCACUAGAAGACCUAGAGGAUAAUCCAGCACAUUUAUCCCUCCGUGCGGUUCAACCUGUCGACGUCAAAGUCCGCGACCUAGUUGUCCGUAUCGAUACAACCCCUCCAAUAUUUCAAAGCUCUCCACGAUUACUCUGGAACCGCAUCCGAUGCAAAACGGACAGCCCCAUCAAGUCCGUUCUCCAUGGCGUCUCCGCAGAUAUGCCACAGGGUAGCUUGACGGCGAUAAUUGGCGGCAGUGGCUCGGGAAAAACCAGCUUGUUAAAUGCCAUAUCAGGUCGCAUGAAUGCACGUCGCGUCAAGACAUCUGGUUCAACGACUUUCAAUGGUAGCGCGGAUAUCAAUUCCAUUCGCAGCGCGUACGUGAUGCAACAGGAUGUUCUUAUACCGACCCUAACUGUGCGGGAAACUCUUCAAUAUUCGGCGGAUUUACGGCUUCCUCCCCCGACUACUCAAGCGGAACGACAAAGCGUUGUCGAACAAGUCAUUCUGGAGCUGGGCCUGAAAGAAUGCGCAGAUACCCGGAUCGGAAAUUCCGCGCACAAAGGAUGUAGCGGAGGUGAAAAGAGACGCACAAGCAUUGGAGUUCAAAUGCUUGCGAAUCCCUCUGUUCUGUUCUGCGAUGAGCCAACAACUGGGUUGGACGCUACAAGCGCUUUUCAGAUUAUCAGAACCCUAAAAAGACUUGCACAAGUUGGAAGAACAGUUAUAAUAUCCAUCCAUGCUCCUCGAUCUGAGAUAUGGGGCCUUUUCAAUCGUGUGGUGCUUUUAUCGCGAGGCACAGUCCUCUAUAGUGGACCAGCGGACGCCUCCAUAGACCAUUUCGCGCAAUGUGGCCAUCAUCUUCCGCCGUUUGUUAACCCAGCAGAAUAUUUAAUCGAUUUGGCCGCAUAUGAUAACCGAUCAGAAGAAGCAGAAUUAACAUCAUCCGCACGCGUUGAGGCAUUGAAAGAUGCCUGGAAGGCAAAAGCCACCAGAGUUGGUGUCACUGAGAAAUUGGAUUUGGAGGUUUCUCCUGAUCGACCUGGACCGGCCUCAGAUGUCGUACCACAAAGGAAUGUUGAUUUUCGUCGACAGUUUCAAGUUUUGACGGCGCGGACUUUUAAAGUAACAAUCAGAGAUCCAAUGGGAGUAGCUGGGAGCUUCUUCGAAGCCAUCGGCAUGUCUGUCAUCACUGGUUGGAUUUUCCUUCGAUUGGACAUGAGCCUAGCGGGGAUACGUUCACGACAAGGCAGCCUUUAUAUCGCCAGUAGUCUGAACGGCUAUUUAAUUCUGUUAUAUGAGACUUUUAGACUCACCACUGACAUCCAGGUUUUCGAUCGAGAGCGAAUCGAGGGGGUGGUAGGUGUUCCGUCGUUUUUACUCAGUCGACGCGCUGCACGGUUACUUCUUGAAGAUCUACCAGUACCCACGCUGUUCUCGAUAAUCUUCUACUUCAUGGUCGGAUAUCGUCUUCAACCUGCCGAAUUUUUUAUGUUUCUCGCACUCAAUAUUCUUACCCAAUAUACUGCCGUCACAUAUGCUGCUGUUUGUAUAGGAAUCGCACGGUCUUUCCCUGGUGCAAGUCUGGUAGCGAACCUCUCCUUUACACUACAAUCUAUCGCCUGUGGCUAUUUCGUGCAGUCAAACCAGAUCCCCGUUUACGUGAGAUGGCUGAAAUGGAUCACGUAUUCAUUCUACACGUUUAGUGCUCUCUGCACCAAUGAAUUUAUCGGGCCUAAUGGUCCACUCUGGGGCCAAUUCUAUGGCUGCCCAUAUUCAGAUGAUCCUGCCGACCCCCGUUGCAAGGAAUAUACUGGAAAAUUUAUCAUAAACAGUCUUGGAUUUCCUUCAAAUUGGCUCUGGCGCCCAACGCUGAUUCUGUUCUCCUUCGUGGUUUUUUUCUACAUUGUUGCAGCGCUGAUACUUCAAUUCCGAAAGGUUGAUAUGGACAUUGCCCAGGCGAUAAACAAGGCUGGAGAUCUUUCUGCAGGAAAGGAGAAAUUAGUCGCUCGACCACUGGAAGGCGCCCGGAAAGUCUCUAUCCGCCUUAGUAAAUAUGAAUUGGAGAUCCAGAAAAGAUCCUUAGGAAGGCGAGGGUUCACCUCUUCCCGAUUAAGCGUAUUGAAGCCACUAUCAACCGAAUUCCAUCCUGGACAACUCAAUGUUAUCAUGGGACCAUCUGGAAGUGGUAAAACCUCGCUGCUGUGUUCCCUUGCGAAGCGACUGCAAAGUUCCUUUGGAACUCGAUACCGCGUUGGCGGUGAGAUGUUUUAUAAUGGAGCGGUGCCCUCAGAAAGUGUAAUCAGAUCAGUCACUUCGUUUGUGACUCAAGAUGAUGAUGCUCUGAUGCCGUCUUUGACAGUACGGGAGAGUCUCCAAUUUGCUGCUGGCUUGCGCCUACCUUCUUGGAUGUCAACGGAAGAGAAAAAUCGGCGUGCAGAAGACAUUCUUCUGAAAAUGGGUCUCAAGGACUGCGCAAACAAUUUAAUUGGCAGUGACCUUAUUAAGGGUAUUAGCGGCGGGGAAAAGCGAAGAGUCACCAUUGCGAUACAGAUCUUAACAGACCCGAAAAUUUUGCUCCUGGAUGAACCUACUUCUGGCCUAGAUGCCUUCACGGCCACAUCUAUAAUCGAGGUUUUGCAAGGUCUGGCAGCUGAGGGCAGGACUCUUAUUCUUACGAUACACCAAUCCAGAUCAGACAUUUUCCGCCACUUCCACAACAUUUUGCUGCUCUCCAGGGGCGGUCACCCUGUUUACGCAGGAAAAGGAGCAGAUAUGCUAUCUUAUUUUGGGCAACUUGGAUUCCCAUGCCCCAAGACUACGAAUCCUGCCGAUUUUGUUCUGGAUUUAAUUACAGUAGACCUCCAAGAGAAAAAGCGAGAAGCGGUGAGCCGUGCAAAGGUGCAACGGUUGAUCACACAUUGGGCAGAAAUGCCAGUGGAAUUGAGUCGCCAAACAUCAGUGAUUGCCACUCCUGCUGAACUGGGAAGUCUGAGGAGACAAAUCAAUUCCUUCGGCGUCAUUUUGCCCUUGGUCCUGCGUCGGUCUCUAAUCAAUCUGCGGCGACAACCGCCGCUUAUCUUUGCGCGAACGAUGCAAGUGGUGGGAAUGGCAAUUAUCAUAUUGUUGUUUUUCGCUCCCUUGCAGAAUAAUUAUGAGGCUGUACAGUCAAGGAUGGGAAUCCUCCAGCAGUUCGCUGCUAUGUACUUUGUUGGAAUGUUACAAAAUAUUGCUAUCUACCCCAACGAACGAGAUGUCUUUUACCGCGAACAGGAAGAUAACUGUUACUCCAUCGAGGCAUUUAUUGUACAAUACACGAUUCUCGAAGUCCCCUUCGAAAUUCUCUCCUCGCUAGUUUUCGGGGCGUUUAUGGCAUUCGCGGUUGGUAUGCAACGCACGGUGAAAAUGUUUCUCAUCGCAGCCUUCAAUUGCUUCUGCAUAGUCAAUUGCGGCGAAUCGCUAGGGAUUAUGUUCUGUACUUUAUUCUCCCACGCUGGCUUCUCUGUAAACAUUACCUCAAUCCUUCUUUCCAUCGCCAACAUUCUCGGAGGCGUAAUGAGCCUCAACAUCCCCGUCGUUAUUCAAGCCCUUAACAAUCUCUCGCCCAUCAAAUAUGCGGUUGCGAAUCUGGCCGGUUAUUCCGUGGCCGGUCAUCAAUUCACUUGUAGCGACUCCCAGCGCCUACCCAACGGCCACUGCCCCAUCGAGACCGGUGAACAGGCCUUGAGGUUGUAUAAUUUGGACAAGAACCCUGAGAUGAAUUUGAUGGCUUUGGGUGUUUGCACGAUUAUCUAUCGGCUGGUGGCGUAUGGUUUGUUGAGGGUAGCCCGAUCCCAUGGGUUUUGGGAGAGAGUUCGAGUGCUGUUUCGAAAGCAAGGGGAGACAAAGGUGAAAGGAGAAAGUACGGGAGCGGCGAGAUGAGACAAUUUUUAGUUGGAAUCCUUCCCCCAUUCAUGGCUAUAUAAUUGAUAAAUUGAUGUUUGGAUAUAAAAAUGUUUUCUUCUUCUAUAAAACACCCAACAAGGAUUUAAGUGAUCCUCUACUACUCCAAGCGGCUGACCAUUCUUGAUAGAUUGCAUAGAUGAGGACUCUUGCAGAAUCACCUCCUUUGUCUCUACCUCCAAAUCAGAAACCUAAAAGGCUGCCAACCAUUCUAUAGACGGGCUCACUGGCCAGCUUCGAAUCAGGUGCACGUGAUUUAGAAAUAUAGCCAAUAUUUCGGUUCGCGACUCGGAAUAUGCCCAGAUACACAAUCCUGUAGCCGCUCUCAGCUAUAAGGAAUUAUUAAUAAUAAUGUAAAACUGUAGGAGGAUUCAUCCCCUCCCUCGUCUGGGCGCGAGGCACAAUUAGCACAAUCCCAUUGUAACAACUAUAAGCUGUUAGUUCAGAAGUAUCAAUCAAUAAUUUCUCACACU